CUGCUUGCUGGCCCCCUGGAUGCUCUCGUAUAUAGUCUACUCCCGCUGCUCAUGAUUCCAUUUCUGUCAGUCCUGUGGCUUUGCUCGCGGUGACCCUCCAAGCAGACGUGUGUCUGCGUCCUUUCAUUGAUUUAUUCUACGCUCGUUCUCUAGCCUUGGCCGACUACAAGUCCGACCUGCAGUCAUUCCUUUUAAAUCAUGGUCUUCAGCAAGAGCCUCGCCGUUGCCUCGGCGGUCUCAGCCGUGUCUCCUUUUGCACAUGCUUUCAACGCACAGGCAAAGUCAAAUAUUGCGGUCUAUUGGGGCCAAGGGGAUAACCAGGCGCGCCUCAGUCAUUUCUGCCAAGACACUUCGCUAGAUAUCAUCAACAUUGGAUUCGUCAAUAUAUUUCCAGACCAGGGUGCUGCCAAUUGGCCUGGCAGUAACUUUGGCAACCAAUGCAAUGGACUGACCUACGAGAUUGGUGGUGUCAAGACGGAAUUACUCUCGGGCUGCCAUCAGAUUAUGGAAGACAUUCCUAUCUGUCAGGCAGCGGGCAAGAAAGUUCUCUUGUCUUUAGGGGGCGCCACUCCUGACAACCAGAAAAUCCUUUCGACAAAGAGCGCUAUUGGUUUCGCCGAGUUCCUCUGGGCAUCCUUCGGACCAGUGGACGAUGCUUGGGUGGCAUGGGGCGGUCCUCGUCCGUUUGGCAAUGUAUCUGUUGACGGUUUCGACUUCGAUAUAGAGCACAACGGUGGAUUUGGCUACGCAUCUAUGGUCACUCGUUUCCGUGAGCUUUUUGCCGAGAAACCAGACCAGAAAUUCUACCUGUCCGGUUCUCCUCAAUGUCAUCUCCCCGAUAAACAACUGGGCCUCGCGAUCGCAACAUCCGCAUUUGACUUUGUAUGGGUGCAGUUCUACAACAAUGAUGACUGUUCUGCACGUAACUUUGUCGGUGGCGAGGGGUUCAACUUCGACGCUUGGGUCGACAUCAUCAAGUCUGGCGGAAACCCGGAUGCGAAGCUCUUCGUCGGUCUGCCUGGCAGUAAAGCUGCGGCACUUGAUGGGUACUAUUUGCCUCCUGAUGAGGUCAAGCCUUUAGCUUCUAAGUAUAUGAAGCUGUAUCCUGAUACUUUUGGGGGUAUUAUGGUUUGGGAGGCGACUCAAUCUGACCGGAACCAGAUCAAUGGGACUAGCUACGCAGGCAAUAUGAAGAGAAUACUGACUGAGCUUGAUCCUACGCCUCCCGCUCCGACGACACCUCCUUCAAGCUCCCCUAAUGUAUCGAGCACCCCUAUUCGGUCCAGUACCCCAGUUAGCUCUCUAACACCAUCGCCUUCAACUACACCUGCUCAGUCUAGCACGCCUGUCGCUUCUUCGACCUCGUUGGUCUCUAGUACACCCGUUCGUUCCAGCACGCCUAUUGUAUCAAGUGCUCCUGCCCACUCUGGCACAGCUUCUUCAACCCCGUUGAUGUCUAGCAGCCCGGUUCACUCCACUACACCAGUCCACUUUAGUACUCCUCUUAUACCAAGUACUUCUACUCGCUCAAGUUCUCCUGCCACUCUGGCACAGCUUCUUCAACCCCGUUGGUAUCUAGUAGCCGAGUUCGUUCCAGCACACCAGCUCAGUCCAGCGCCCCAGCUCACUCAAGCACUCCUAUUGUGUCAAGUGCUCCUGCCCACUCUGGCACAGCUUCUUCAACCCCGUUGGUGUUUAGCAGCCCAAUUCACUCUAGUACACCAGUUCACUCUAGUACUUCUCUUAUACCAAGUACUUCUACUCAGUCCAAUACACCUGUGCAGUCCAGCACACCUCUCCAUUCAAGCACUCCUGUCCAGUCAAGGCCCCCGUCAUCUUCCAGCAUAUCUGAUCAAUCGAGUACCCCAAUUAGGUCUGCAACCACGUCAACGGCUCUUGUUCCAGACCAGUCGUCUACUCCGGCCACAUCUCUGACACAAUCGGGUCCUGGAACGAUUGUUCACUCUAGCUCGCCUAUCAGCUCCAUGGCAUCUUCAGUAUCCGGAACACCCAUGAGCUCGGGCUGGGCAAUUCCCUCGGCAACGCCGAUUCAUUCUGGGACGCCAAUCUCUUCUGGAGAGCUUUCCUCAUCGAGCGCUCCAACUGCUACCAGCUCAUCGGUCACUCCAACGGAG